UAAUAUAUAAAGCACAAAACCCCAACUUUCGAUUUACUAUUCAGUUUUUAUCCACAACCAAAACCGCCUAGAACACUCUCAUCUUACGACAAAACCUGUGUGUUAUGGCUUCCACAUUCUCUAUGCAAAUGCUGCAGAACCCUGCCCUCAUUUUCCAGGGUAGUUAUAAACAAGAUGUCUCAAAUGUGAGAGUGCCACAUAUGAUGUGUACCAUUACAAAUUCACAGUCAUGCUACUCCCCAGCUUUGACUUUGAGCUCUUCAGGAAGAACACUGACAUCAAGAUUGCACUAUGCAUCAAGCCUCCCUGUAAUGCAGCUUUCUAAAGCUCCUUGUGUGAAGUGCUGGAGAAUGAUGUGUGUCAAUGCAACUGCAAAAGAUCUAGAGCUGCAAGCGAAAGUGACAACCAAGUGCUUCUUUGAUGUAGACAUUGGAGGUGAACCUGCUGGUAGAAUUGUAAUGGGCCUUUUUGGAGAUGUUGUUCCAAAAACUGUUGAGAACUUCCGUGCUUUGUGCACAGGAGAAAAAGGAUAUGGUUACAAAGGAUGCUCCUUCCACCGAAUUAUCAAAGAUUUCAUGAUUCAGGGAGGAGACUUCACUGAUGGAGAUGGAACUGGAGGAAUGAGUAUCUAUGGUUCUAGUUUUGAAGACGAAAGCUUUGCCUUGAAGCAUAUUGGGCCUGGAGUGUUGAGUAUGGCCAAUGCAGGUCCUAAUACUAAUGGGAGCCAAUUUUUCAUUUGCACUGUGAAGACACCAUGGUUGGACAACCGGCAUGUUGUGUUUGGAGAAGUUAUUGAUGGAAUAGAUGUUGUUCGUAAACUCGAAUCACAAGAGACCAGCAGGUCAGAUUACCCUCGGAAGCCAUGCAGAAUUGUUAACUGUGGCGAGCUACCCAUAGAUGGUUGAUCUGCCUGUUUUAUCAGGCCCCCAUCCACCGAAUAAAAUUUUUUCUGUAAAAGAAAAAAUUAUAACACUUUUUUUGCUGGGCAUGGAUUUGCAUUGCAUUAUGCAUCUGAAGAGUGGCCUAUUUUUGUUGAGGGUAUCUCCUUCAAUGCUCUUGAGGAGCUAAUGGUAGAGGUGAAUUUAUUAUUGUUAGAUUGAACGCAUGUGCACAAAUUCCGAUUGUAUGACACGUCGAAUUAAUAGAAACUCUAAUGUAGCAAUUUUAAUUUUUAAA